UCCGCCUCCGGAAGCUCGAGCAAUGCCGCUGGGGGCCGCGUGCGUGGGCUGCGUGCGCGCGCUGGCGCGUACGCGCGAGCCUGGAACGCCGCUGACGGCGCUCGAGGCGGAGCGCGAGGCGGCUGCGACGGCCGCGGCACCCAGAUACAUUUUUACCAUAAUGGAUCGGUUUAUAGAUAUACCAGAAGGUGAAGUGGACCAUUCCUUCUUUGACAGUGACUUUGAAGAAGCAAAGAAAUGUGAAAGUAACUCAGUUUUUGGCAAGCAAAAUGAUGACCCUAAAGAGAGAAUAGAUAAAGAUACAGAAAAUGUAAACUUGAAAUUUGGAAUACAAAGAAAGGAAAAUGAAAUAAAGGAGAAAAUUCCUCCAGAAGAACACCCUGUAGAAAAUGAUAGUAUGCAAACCAGAAAUUCUUUAUCAUUGACCACUUCAAGAUCAAAAAAAUUGUGGGAUGCUACAACAGGGCAUAAAAUACACUUGCCCACUCCAAGUAGAAUUCCCAAAAUUAUAAAGGAACGUGAAGAUGAUUAUUAUACAGACGGAGAGGAAAGCAGUGAUGAUGGGAAAAAGCAACAUGUCAGGUCCAAGUCAGCUAAACCAUCUAAUAACUUUAAAAAAAACAUAAGUAAAAAGUAUUCCAAAGGUAAUUCUUCCUCCUGCUCUUCCUCUUUGUCCUCCUCAUCUUCAAGUUCAGGCACAGAUGGUUCAGAUGCAGGGUCUGAUGUCUGUGUCUCUGAUUCAUCACCAUCAUUAAAGAAACGUCUGUGUGGUGUAACCCACUUGUCACCAAAACAGAAAUAUAAACCAGGAAUGAAAUCAGCAGGCAUACAGCCUUCAAGUGCUAAACCAAAAGUCAAUGACUACCCCGAGGAAUCUGAAGACACUGUGACAGAUGUCACCCCUCUGUCAACUCCAGACAUCAGCCCUGUUCAGUCUUUUGAACUGGGAGCAUCGAAUGAUCAAAAAGUAAAAGUUAAAAGGCAAGAAAACGUGAGUCAAGAAGUGUAUGGAAAUGUUGAGGAUUUAAAAAAUAAUUCAGAAUCUUUGAAAUCAGUCAAAAAAGGGCAAGAAAAACAUGGGCCUGAUUUCACUUCAAAAUCUACAGUGUUAGAUUCCAAUUCAGACCACAGAUAUAAACAAAAAGCCUUACAUGACACAAUGGACCUCAAUCAUCUUUUGAAAGCUUUUCUGCAAUUAGAUAAAAAAGGACCACAAAAACAUCACUUUGAUCAGCCUUCGGUAGCACCAAGGAAAAACUACUCUUUCACAAGAGAGGAGGUGAGACAGAUUGAUAGGGAAAAUCAGAGGCUUUUGAAAGAACUGUCAAGACAGGCUGAAAAAUCAGGAAACAAAAGUACGAUUCCUAGAAGAUCGGUUGUUCAUCCCCCUAAGUUAUAUCAUAGUGCCCUCAACAGACAGAGGGAACAACAAAGGAUUGAAAGAGAAAAUUUGGCUUUAUUGAAAAGGCUUGAAGCUGUGAAACCAACAGUUGGUAUGAAACGCUCUGACCAGCUGAUGGACUAUCAUCGCAAUAUGGGUUAUCUCAGCUCAUCACCAUCCUCAAGACAAGUGAGAUCAACUCUUGGCCAGUAUAGCCCAUUAAGAGGAGCUUCUAGAACAUCGAGUGCUACCAGUGGUCUCAGUUGUAAGAGUGAGCGACCAGUUGUUGACACGUCCAGUGGCCUGUUGCUAAGACCUAAGCCCCCUAAUGUUCGUACAGCUUGGUUAUAAAAACUUUUUACUUUAAGCAUUGUUCAUCCAGUUCUUAUUGAAGUCCUCUUGUAUAUUACUUCAAUUCUGUGUGUAAACUUCUCUAAUUUAAGAUAUACAGCAAGUUGUAAUUUUAUUGUAAUUCAAUGCAAAAUUGUUUUCAAAAAGACAAUGUAAAAUCAGUGUUUCCUAUGAGGAUGUGUUUCUAUGAGAUGUAUAUGUAUUUGAUAGAGAAAUGGUAGUAUGCACGUGUAUUUUCUCAACAUAGAAAUUGAUUCAGCUCUUAUACUGACAAAAUAGUUGUGAUAGUACCACUGCAUAUUGGACCCAAGAUGUUAACUGUAUUGUUCUUGUUUUAUGUGGUUUUUUAUAAGCUUUAAACCAUGAGCAUAGCUCCUAAAUUUGAUAUGCUCCAGAAUUUAGGUGGUAUAACUCAUAAUUUGAUUGUAAGACUUGAUCGUACACUUUCUUAUUAUGAAACAGAACUUGAAAUUUGUUUUCACUGGUGGAGUUGAUUUAGAUUUGGUGAGCAGAUUGAGAGAAGCUUGUGCUAGGGCAGCCCUUGUGAUUCUCCAAAGGCAUCUACUACCUCUGUGUAAGUGUGCUGAGUUAGAGCUUAAAAAUGUGAUCAAUCAUUCCAGACCAUUUCAAACUGUGAGUAUUAGGAAGUUCAACUUGAAAGGCCCUUUUCCAUAUUCUUACACAUUCGGGUAAAAUAACACUGAAGAUUCUGAGAAAUGAGGUAGGUAGACUUUAGAGCUACAGCCCACUACAUAGUGAUUAAGUUGUCCAAGGACCAGAUGACCAUAAGCAAAAGCAAAUACUUGUUGAGCAAAAUAGCACCACCAGUUUGAAGAGCCAAGAAGCAGAUCCUCAGUUGUGUCGGGACAGUGCUUAAGUGAUACUGUUAACAAGUUGUGUUAUGUUUAGUGUUUGCUGUAUUAAUAGAGAAGAUAAAUAAGAAAUGCAUGGUCUUGAAGCUUUAGAAAUUCCAACUACUGUUUUUAAGGGCUGAGAAAGAAAACUAAAGUAUAAAUGGUAAAGGAGAAAUACCACACAUUUGUUGAGGCUACUUUAAAUGUCAUCUGAUUUUCUUGUAUUGUUUGGUUUGGGCUUUUGUGUUGAAUCCUGGAAGUACCAUUUUUGCCAGUGCCACUUUUGAAAUCCUAGUCAUCUUAAUGGAAUUAGUAAUGGCAAAUAAGGUGUGAAAUACUUGACUUUUGAAAUUAGAAUUUUUUCUGUCAAUCUGUGGACUUUCAUUUCAUACAACAAAGUGUAUCUUAGUUGUGGUUGCUUCUGCUGUCUUAGUCAUCACUUUUUCAUUGCUGGCCUUUUCAGUAUACCUUUAGAAUAUAUUGGAAAGUUUCCAUAUUAAAUGCCAAAUCUCUCUUUUUUUAAUAUGAAUUCUUGAUCUGUAGCCACAAUUACCUUUGUUGUUUAUUUUUACAGGUUAGCUCAAGCUUGUAGCAUGUUUGCCGAACUUACUUUUCUUACCACCUUGGGCAGUAAGCCAAACUGCAUUUUGCUAAAUAUCAAUUCAGAAUUUCUUGGUCUUAAGUUGGUAUUGAUGGAUUUUUUAGGAUACGGCCUGUGAAGUGUGAAAACAGCAGUGUUAAAAAAAAUUCACGGGAACACAAUCUGUGAGAUUUUUCUGAUGCUUUCUUUGGGCUGUAAUGUUCGUUCAUUGUUAUUUGAUGCUGUGUUCUGGUGACCAAGUUCCUAGAUCAUUUAGUGCUCUAAUUUAUUUAUUAAUUUUAGUUAUACUAAACCAAGGGUGUUUUGUGUUUUUAGCUUAUCGCACUUUUAAUGUUUGUAUAACCAACUUAGAGAAAAGAUAAUGCUGAAUUUAAAACUCAGCAUUUGGACACCUGCCUGAUAUUGUAAGCUAGUUUUUGUUGAGUUUUAAGUUGCUAGGGGAAAAAAAAAAAAAA